AUGGCCGGCAGGAUUAAGCGCUUCGCGGGGUCGGGCGACGCGAAGCUCACGUUGGAGCACUUCCUCCUUCGCGCGCAAGGUAUUUCACUGUACAGACGUUUCAUUCGGGCAACAAGAGACAUCCACAACCCUGAUGCUCGGUUAGAGACCAUCGCCUGGAUUCGCAGCGAUUUUGACCGGACGAAGUUGGAAACAGACUUAGAACGAAUCAAAGACUUCCUCAUUUUAGGGCAGCGGCAGCUUAAGCAACUUCAGGCUCCUUGGCAGCUGACAAGUGCUGGCCGCGGUGGCAGCGGCGGCGAUUAUGUAAAACUCAGAGGGAGGCGAAAAGUUGAAGGGAUCAAUGACAAUGCAAAUGCAUAA